AAACUUAAACCUCUAAGGAUGUUUAUCCAAGCUUUCUACAAAGUGUUCUUUUCUUAUUUCUGCGAAGCAAAUGAGCAAACGGCGCAACAUAUUUCGCAUUGCUGUGAUUUGUUCAGCGCCUGUUGAAUAACGUAGUUCAGUCGGAAAAUGCGAGUAUAUCAGUCCUGGCUAAAAUUAUAAUUUCCAUCUGCCUUGAUAACCUCAUCAAUAUCCGCAUCAAAGGAUGCAAAAGACAACAUUGAUGGUAAGCGGCGCGCGUGAAUUGGCGCUUGUCGCCUUAAGUUAGCCUUGGUCGCAAACGAGCCGUCGAAGAGUUAGCGACAUUCGUUAAAAUAACAAACAAGGAACUGUACCUUAAAUGAAAUGGAAAUUAACUCUACGGAAAAUGAUUCCAUGUUCUGGAGAAGAAGCGGCGGUGAAGAUUUGAAUAUUGACCUUAGUGCACCUGCAAGAGGAUCUCUUAUGAUUUUUAACAUCAUUCUCGCCAUCUUUGGAAAUUUCUUCAUCAUCCUAACUUACUUACGCAAUUUUAAGAUGCGAACGAGCACGAACACAUUGGUGGUAAGUUUGUGCAUUUCAGAUAUGCUUUCUGCCUUAGCAGACACUCCAUUUUGGAUCUCGGUUCUCGCUAAAGAGUCUCUUUACUCAAACUUUGUUGUUUGUCGAAUUAUGCUGUCGUUUGAAGACUUGUUUUUGGUCGCAGCGCUCUUAAACAUGUGUGGGAUCGCAUUGGAUCGGUUCAUAACGCUCGUUAAAGGACUGAGACGAAAAAUGACGAGAAAACGAGCCCGCAUAAUCGUGUUGUGGUCGUGGAUACAGGCCGUGGUUGCCGCGAUACCCUGGUGCCUUGCAAGUAGCACAUGCGAAAAGCGAUGUUAUUUGUUGUUUCCUCAUAUUUACGAACCUGAGAUAACUCCUCGAAUUAUCAACAUUAUUUUCAAGCUUGCUCAUUUGGUCUUGCCGAUUUUUGUUAUCUGCUAUGUAUUCAUUCGUAUUCUAAACUCCGUUAGAAGCAGCCGUAGAGUGAACUUAGAAAACAGCUAUAUUUCUCGCAACAGCAGCGCCGAAAAGUUCGCUGUGGACGCGUAUAAACGCUCAUCAAAAACAGCUAUAAUCCUAUUUACCAUGUUUUUGUUUUGUUCACUUCCCUAUCUAGGAGUUAUGUUUUACUCGAUUUUAACGGGAGACCAUUUAAUGAAUUUUAAAAGCGGUUUCGCCGUCUAUUUUAUUUUGUCACUUAAGCGAUCGCUUUUCCCCGCGAUUUACAUAUUCAGGAACAGAAUGAUUGUUAGCUAUUUACAAGAAACGUUCCGGUGUGCAAUAUGUGGAGGAAGCUCAAAAUUGAAUUCACGAAAUUCAUUCGGUUACAACAGCAACAACAAUAGCUCUUGUUUUACCAUGUUUUGUAGAAGUUCGUGCCGUUCCCGAGUACAUCCCACUGUUUACGAUGGAGAACAUCACCAUUUCCCAAAACAUCUCGAUGUGUACUUUGUGGGCAACGUCAAAGAGACAAAAUCCAUUAUGGAAGAUCAGUUUGUUAACAUUGUGGCAGUAGAAAGAAAAGAGACUGACUGCGAGGUGCCGAGCGAAAGCAACCAUUAACCUUCUUAACAAACUGGUGAAUUUAAUCUCAGCUAAAUAACAUAAAAUACUCCGUACAUCAAUAGCGCUCCCCAAAGUAAGGAUUUAAAACAAAUUUUACAGCAGGAAAAUACUUGAGAGACACAAGACCAAGUUAUUCUUCUACCGAAGUUAGCAAGUUAAGAAACCUGAGCAAGUCUCGAUAUACUGAUGUUAUUUUGCUGCUCUCGACUGACACCAGUGCAGUAUUUAAUUAUGAGUCGCUUGGUGGGCAUUGUGAUUUGGCAAGUUGUUAACCUCAAAAUCUGUUCGCUUUAUAAUUUUAGUGUUAGAUGAUAUCCACGAUAUUUCAGUAGUCUAAGAAUAAUACUCGUUAAAUCAAUUCUCUUUCGUGCCUAUUUAUUUGACUUAACAAGGAAAUGGAGUUGAUGCUUAAAAGCAAAAGAAGUAUCUACAGACCCGAUAUAUACUCUAUCUAGGACAGACACACUGAAUUAUCUGGUUUUCAGGGCUAGAUUCUCAUUGUCGAAUAAAAUAGAAUUUUCGCUUUGUUUCACUUGAAAA